UCUGUCUUUCGUGUCGCGUAUCCUCUCAGUGUACGCUCGUUCCGAGAUUCCGGUGGCUUUCGGAAAGGGAAAAGUCCUUACCCCCACCCUUACGAUCGGCCGUCUUGCUUCCAAUCUCAAAGAAUGACGUCCCACUUCCCUACAUGUAGCUAUCAGGACCCUUUCCGUUCCUAGCCGAUACGGCUUUAGACGGAUGAUGUGCGACGCGAUCGCUUCUGGCGCGUGUUGGUUCGCCAUGGCGUUUCUGCCAUGCCAAUCUAGUAUUCUUUGUAUACACGACAACAGGCAAUCAACAUGACGGACAUUUCAAGAGAAGAACUCGAUGAGAUCUACGCGUUUGCUGUCCAGUUGGGGCGGAAGGCGGGUAAGAUGCUCAUGGAUGCCGCGCAAUUGAGAAUCGAUGGUGGGAAUGCGUCAGGCGAAGAGAAGGAACAUGUUCAGAAAGAGAAUGCUGUCGAUUUGGUUACGGAGACGGACGAGGAUGUUGAGGCAUUUAUCAAGAAGGCAAUAGCUGAGAAGUACCCCAAGCACACGUUUGUCGGCGAAGAAUCGUAUAGCAAAGGCUCCUCCCGCGACUACGUAAUCGACGCCUCACCUACGUGGUGUGUCGACCCUCUCGACGGAACAGUAAACUAUAUCCACCUGUUCCCCAUGUUCUGCGUGAGCAUCGCCUUCAUACACAAAUCCAAACCGCUCAUUGGCGUCAUAUACGCGCCCUUCACGAACCAAUUCUUCUCGUCCUGCGCUGGUCGCGGCGCCUUCUACAACGAAACUCAACGUCUCCCGCUGGUGCGCAACCCCAUACCACCCAUGCCGGCAAAGGCGCCUAGUGGUUGUAUCUUCUCAUGUGAAUGGGGCAAGGAUAGAAGAGAUACGCCAGACGGCAAUAUGCAUCGCAAGAUUGAGAGUUUUGUCAAUAUGGCGGCUGAGAUUGGAGGAAGACAGGGGAGAGGAGGCAUGGUUCAUGGAGUUAGAAGUCUAGGAAGUGCAACACUAGAUCUGGCAUAUGUUGCUAUGGGAGCGUUUGAUAUCUGGUGGGAAGGAGGGUGUUGGGAAUGGGAUGUUGCGGCUGGCAUUGCUAUCUUACACGAAGCCGGAGGACUGGUCACAACGGCGAACCCCCCGGAGGAUGAGGCCAAUGCGCCUAUUGAAGAAGUGAAGCUAGGGAGUCGGUUGUAUUUGGCUAUCAGACCCGCUGGACCAUCGCCGACGGAAACAGGGCGACAGAGUCAAGAAAGGACAGUACGUGAGGUAUGGCGGCGGGUCCGUAAUCUCGACUAUUCGCGACCUGGAGCGUAAAUAGUUUUCGCAUCACACCUCGAGCUCAUGGCCUGUGACAAGUAUACGUAGAUAUGUUCAGUUCGAUUAACGACUACAAUCUUGCCUCGCU